AGGGUCCAUGUAAACAACCUAGCAGAACAACUGCUUAGGCGCCCACCGAGGACAUGGAGUUUGGACUUGGUCUUUGACAGGUAUGAUUAGACUAUUGACGGGAAGGAAAUGGCCUGGGGUUGGGUUGAAUGAAAGUCAUCAGCAUUCCAUCCCACAAGCUGGUGUAAACUUUCUUUUCUCUUUCUUUUCCUCCUCACCACCCGCUUUCGUUGGGAGCCCAGAUCCGAUGUUUUUUCAACCUUCAUUGUCGCUCACUAACCAAAAUUUGCCAGUCAUUCCUUAGAUAUUUCCAUUUCUUACUUUCUGAAUCUCGCUGCCAUUAGCCCCCGCAGGCCCGCAGCAGCUUCCUGACUUACACCGCCCGCCAUCCACUUUUGCAAACAUCAUCUUGCUUCUGCUGCUCUUUUGUUCGUGGGUGAUGGGAAUUGGCUGUUCAUUCUUUAAUUCAACUGUUGUUCUUUUAUCGUAAAGGAAAAUAUUUCAGUGUUCUCGUCGCUCUUUCAAGCCUCGGUGCUUGCCCUUCUCAUACUUCACCAUUGCACCAUCUAAAUCCACGCUAGACAAUCUUCUAAACGACAAACCCACCAAAAUACCAUCAUCAAGAGUCAAUGGAGGAAACAUGGCUGCGACACCUUCCAACGGUCGUUUAAAGCUCACUCCUUCCAACUCUCCCUUUCUAGCUCGCCCUUCUAGAUCCUCCAGGUCGCCUAUGCGCGGUCGCGCACACGAUGCCUCGAAGCUCUCCCUCCAGCGUGUCAUUGGCACAACAUGUUCCUCUCCAACAGGCUUCGAUACUCUCCCGUCUGUCUUUGCAUACAUAGCCGGAGGCGCUGUUGUGGUGGUGGAUGUCAAUGGCGAUAACCACACUCAACGUUUCUACCGAGCCCGACCGACCGCCGUCCCACUCUAUUCCGUAGCAACGUUUCAAAACACACCCACGACGCCGUCGGGAACACCAAAGGCGAACGACAGCCGGGGACGUGUAGGCCCGCGGUUCCCUAACUCACCCCACACUUCGUCCGACUGGAACGAGUCUCCUAGCAAUACUUGGACAAGUCGCGAGCGGAUCAAGGCUGCAACAUGCCUUGCGUUGAGCCGUGAUGGAAAAUAUUUAGCUGUUGGCGAGACUGGAUACUCCCCACGAGUUCUGGUUUUUAGCUUACACGAUGCUUCUUCUGACAACCCUCUUAUAUCGAUCAGCGAACAUGCUUUUGGGGUCAAUUGCGUUGCGUGGUCUGCAGACACCCAAUAUCUUGCGUCUCUAGGAGCCGCCAACGAUGGAUUUCUCUAUAUUUGGAAGGUCGACCCUCGAACAGGCGCGGCUAGACUUUACAAACAAAACCGAUGCACAUCAUAUGUGAAGGACAUGCUAUGGAUGGGCAACUCCCUCAUCACAUUUGGCGUCCGCCAUGUCAAGAUGUGGAAACCUGAUGAUGGCCCGACUAUUUCGCCUACAAAGCAGAAGUUCUUCAGUGAACAGCCGGCCUCUACUCCGCCCUCCCAAAGAACCCUACCAGGGCGUAACAUCCUGCUAGGACCUCUCUUGGAGGAUACUUUUACUUGCGCUGCUAUCGUCAAAAACUCCAGCCUCAUCAUUUGCUCGGAAACGGGUUGUGUAUGUAUUAUGGCGGAGGACGAUAGACAGAUGAAAUUGCAGAAGGUCCUUGGUUUGGACUUCUCCAUCUCGACUAUUGCUGUCAAAGACAAUAUUGCCUACGUUGGUGGUAGACAUGGCCAUUUGGCUGUGCUUGACAUUGAGGCUGUUUUGAACGCUCAACCACCGUCGGCAUGUAUCAAGGAGACUACAUUCUGUCCUACAGGACAAGUUGCCCUGGGUUUUCUGGCACACAAACUUGUCACCAUUGAUUCGCAACAGUCCAUUGACAUCUGGAGCUCAGACCAUGUGCCUGGCAAGAAUACCAAGGCAAUGGCCAGCAUUCCUAUCCCUGGUCAUGGACAGUCUGUUACAGGCAUACAGGCCUUGGAGCGGCCAAAUGAUCUGAACGCCUCGUUUUUGACGUGGACAGUUUCUGGGAAUGUUUCCUUCUGGACAUUGGAAGGCCAAGUCCAAGCCUCAAUUGAUGUACCGAUUGGAAUGACUGAACCAGAAAAUGAGCCGGACUCGGCUAAUCAACUUACCUGCGCCCGUGCAACGAAUGAUGGUAAACUACUUAUUUCUGCCGAUAGAAUGGGCGUGUUACGAAUGACGGACAUCGCCACAAAGGAACCUGUACUAGACAUCAAGGCACAUACAGCUGAUUGUCGAUCCGUCAGUGUCUAUGACAGGGAUGGCAAAUUUCUCAUGGCGUCCUGUGGACGGGACAGAACUGCGCAGCUCUUCCGCCGGACUGCAGGCGGCUCCGUCGAGCAUUUUCAGACAUUGGAAUUCGCUGCGAAGGUCGUGCAGGUUAUGAUCCCAUCCGAAGACAAGGUGCUAACCUGUUCAUUUGACCGAACAUUACAAAUUUACGAUAUCAUCACAAAAGAGGACGAUCCCGAUUCUGUUGCUGCUAUCCCUUCCAGAGUAAUUUCUCUCCGAGCCUCGCCCAGCUCAAUGGUCUUGGGCAUGGGCCAAAGAACUGUCUUUGUCUCUCUACUAGAUCGGUCUAUUUGCCAAUAUGAACUCAACACGGGGCGUAAGAUCUCUUGCUUCAAAUGUCAAGACGAGACAAAAGGCGAGUCGGCUGUUCUUGACUCGCUCUGUUUUGGACAAUGGCCCCCCAAAGACCAAGACUUCCUCCUCGGAACAUCCAACACAGACAAGUCCAUUCGACUAUACGAUGCCCAGACAGGGAGCUUCCUGGACCGGGAAUGGGGUCACACUGAAGCGAUCAACGGUGUUUGUCUUAUCGAAAAUGAUGAUGGAAGCCGCAAGGUUGUGAGUGUCGCUUCAGAUGGAACAAUGAUGAUAUGGGGUCUGGAUUUAAACGAUUCUCCGCCUCGUUCCGUGAGUAGAGAGCCGUCACCCGCCAAAGACUCUGUUUCAGGGCGGCCGCCACUUCGCAGGGUCUUGUCAAAGGCUGAGCUAGCUGAAUUCCAACGACCUUCGCCGACAUCUGGUCGGAGAUCCCCACCCCGAACCCUACAGCGGAGAACUUCGCGAUUCAACCUAGCUGCUAGCUUGAGAACACCUACUCAAGGACUCCCAACAAGCCCUAGUAGCACAUUGGCCGAAGAUACGCCAUCAAGACGGCCUUCUGCUGACCCGCGAAAUAGUCCCCCAGUGUCUCCAAAGGGAAAGGUUACCAGACGACCUUCCCUUCCCAAUAUAGGCACUAGUGCACGCAAAAAGACAUCCUCGUCAAACUUGCGAGGCUUUGGCUCGCUAAAUAUGGCGACAGAACAAACCUGCCGUCAACUUAGAUCAUACAGGAAGAAGCUUGCUUCCUCGGAGCCCAUUAGCCAAGAAAAUCUGACAGAGCUAGAUCAGGAGUUGCGACUGACUGCUGCAGCUCUUGGCGACCGGGCUAUUCGAAGCAGAGCCAUGAAUGAGACGGUCCUUAGUGGUCUUCUGGAUCAAUACUCAGAAAGACUAGUCACAUUGCUGGACGAAAAGCUGCGUCUCAGUUACCAGCCGAGAUCUCCAACUGAAAAGGAUGGAGACAGUGGAGACGGAGAUAGCCCAGAUGAGGAGGCCAGGCGCAGUGUUAAUGGAUCCUCAAGUUCGCUUUCUCCUUAGAGUUUUGUCCUUGCCUGUUUAUGAAGGGCCACUUUCUUCUAUUCUUAUUAACUUGGAUUAAGAGGGCAACGGCGUUAAAUGGUGGCGGAUUUCAUGGGAUGGACGGCGGGGGAAUAAAGCAAGCAUCAAGUGUAUCUCGAUGCCAAGUUCCAAUAUGAUACCAUGGGUCUGGAGUUUUACUGUUACUUUUGUCAGGGAUAAAAUAAUCCUUUAUCAUAGCCAAAACCGGGACUCCUUGCCAACGCAAUAGACGUGAUCAGGUACCCCAAGUAUUUCCUUUCGCAUUAACCGAUA